AUGGGAAACGCAAACUGUGGACGAACAGUGUCAGAUUCAGUAUCGGUUAGCGUUGAAGAUAACACCACUAACAACACGAACAAUAAUAUUAUCAUCAGUAGUAACAACACUAGCAGUACUGAAACUCGCAUCAAUCCUCCUCCGAAUGACGGCUAUCAGGGGUUGGAAGGACUACCCAGCGGUAUGGAAAAGGAACGAGGAUGUAGUGAGAAGAUAGCAAAGCGCCGGGCCUCCAUUAGUCCAAAAGAUGAUCCUUGGUUGCUUUUUCCUAAGAGAGGGUUUGUUGGAAAAAAUACACAGAACAGUCCGUCGACGUUAUCAUCGUAUUGUGUGUCACUGCCAACACUUUCUACGUCCAUUUCUUCUUAUCCUUCUCGUGUUAUUGCCACCUCCUCAUACUUUACCUCCACUUCUUCCUAUCCUACUUCAUCCUUCUCCUCACUCUCGUCGUUGGCCUCUUCCUCGCAUAAGAAGAGAAUAGUGAAAACGACGGGGUCGCAGAAAUCAUACACGGCAGGGACCAGGAACGGUCUGUGUUCUCUUCCUAACAUCAGCAAUAAUACCGGUCAGUGCACCUUACAUCGGAAUCAAAUACACUCAAACGUCAGUCCUACUACUACUGUUUCUCCUACUGACUCUGCCGCUGUUGCUGUACCUCCCGCAUUACCUGGCGCAGCGGUGGAGUCCCGCCGGCAGCUGUUCUUCAACGAUUUACCAGAUUUCAAAAACCAAAGUGUAAAUGGGAGGAGAAAAGAGAGCGAUGCCAUCAUCCGUACAGAUGCAGGAUCUGCAUCUAAUGAUAUGAAUUCUACACCAACUCAUCGCCCAAGCAGUGUAGUUUUUUCGAGUAACGUGGAGGUUUUGCGUGUUGAUGGAAGUACUGUGAAUCGGAAUCUCAUUGAGAAUAACUUAUACCGUGAAAGCUUGGCACAACGCUGUAAAAUUACUUCAGAGGAGUAUUCUCCAUAG